GAAAAGUCCGUUCAAUUCCUUCUUACAAGAAGCUUGGUGUAUGUUAAGGACCGUAAUAGUUUUUCGUAAAUUGUUAAUUUUUAAAUAUUCAUUAACUUUAUUAACUUCUGUUCGUUAAGAAAUAGAUCAAUCAAUGUUUAAUUUUAAUUAUUGUUGGUUAUUCGGAUACUAAGGUAUGAAUAGUAGGUUUAAUCGACUUAACUGAAAGUUUAGUUCUCUUCGAAUCUUGAAGUAAAGAUACAAAUCUGUUUAACACUUGCAACUUGUCUUUUUUGGCAGCGGCGUCCAUAUUGGUUUUGUGUAAUCUUGGUAGAUGGCUGCGAACAAUUAUUUUGGUUUUACCCAUGGGGGAACCCAAUAUGCAGCACCUGGAACACCAGCUUAUCAAGCACCUCAAACUGGAUAUGCUGUAGCUCAGACAGCAGCUGCUGCUGCGGCAGCUACUUAUAGUACUCAAAGAGCUGCUACAGGCUAUGAUACAUAUCAAGCAGCUACACACACUACUCCUGGUACUUAUGCAGUCGCAGCUGGCACGACGGCAACUGGGACCUAUGAUUAUGGCUACGCCCGCACCGCUCCUGCUGCCUAUGAUACAACCAAAACAUAUUAUCAGCAAACUCCUGCUACGCAAGCUUAUUCAACAGCCGAUUACCAAGGUUGGCAGACAACCCAACAAACUGGCAAAACAGCGUAUAAUGCUACAUAUACGACACAGAGCGUGCGUCCUGCGACUGCUCAGCAGCAUAAGGCCACAGGGUACGCUGCAGGAUACACCCCAGCUCCUCAACAACCGCAGCAGAGUACUAACUACACAUAUACCGCGCCUGUGCAAACGCAGCAGCCUGCCAAGGUGGUUGCGGCAGGUGCCAACUAUAAUGGAGGCACAGCUGCUGUAAGCUACGGCAAUGGAACGACAAGUACUAACUACAGUACUGCUUACACUGCUCAGAACCCAACUACUGUUCAGACGACUGCCACUCCUAAACCAAAAACUGCUGUCUACAGCCCAGCCAUGUACGUUAAUCAAGGAAAACAAAAUAACAGCACCUGGCAAGGGUAUAAAAAGAAUACUGGAAUGAAGCAGAUGAGAAUGAAAACCGCACCGAAACCUCAGCAGCUUCAUUAUUGCGAAGUCUGUAAGAUCAGCUGUGCUGGACCUCAGACUUAUCGUGAGCACUUAGAAGGGCAGAGGCACAAGAAAAAAGAAGCUUUGCAAAAGGAAGGCACUGCGCCGCAGAGUGGAGGUAGAGGUGGAAACAAUCUUCGUUGUGAACUUUGCGAUGUCGUUUGUACCGGCUCAGAUGCGUACGCUGCUCAUCUCCGUGGAGCUAAACAUCAGAAGGUUGUUAAACUUCAUACAAGACUGGGCAAGCCAAUACCGGAAGUUGAUAUGAAAACGGCUAAAGCAGCAGCUGCUGCUACUGCUUCGACUACUACAUCAUCAACAUCAGCACCACCAAAGAUUAAUUUUGUUCAAAGUGGUAACUUAGGUACAGUUGGGAAAACUGAGGUUAAUAAAGAAGAACCAAAAGACGAGGUAGGAGGUGAUGUCGAAAUGACGACUGAAAAUGAAGUUACUCCAGUUGGUCAAGAGUAUAUUGAAGAAAUAAAGAACGAAGAUGGAAAGCUUAUUAGCUUUAAUUGUAAACUUUGCGAAUGCAAAUUCAACGAUCCAAAUGCAAAGGAUAUGCAUAUGAAAGGACGUCGGCACCGUCUACAAUUUAAGAAAAAAGUUAAUCCAGACUUAGUUGUCGACGUCAAACCAUCAGGCAGGAGGGGAAGGCUUCAGGAAGAAAAAAUGAGAAGGAGAGAUGAUUUUCUGCGGAGAAGGGAAGAAGACAGAAGUUUUUGGACGGACGACCGCAUGUAUUGGGAAGAGAGGAGGCGCUAUGAAGAGGAAUUUGAAUAUAUUGAAUGGAUGAGGCGAAGAGGCCCUGGACCUGCACCAUUUCUUCAACCACCUCCGUUUGGCAUUCGACGACCAGAUACAUUGGAUGAUCGCCAUAUAAUUACUAAGCAUCAAUCGAUUUAUCCUAAAGAAGCUAAAUUACAAUUAGUACACAAAGUAGUUGCACAUUGUGAAAAGGCUCUCAAAAUUGUAUCUGAUCAAAUUUUGGAUAAGAAAGCUAAACCAGACAUGAAAAAAGAAAUAGGGAAAAAGGAUGGACCAGCGAUGGCCACUGAGCAGGAACAAUCCAAAUCAGAUGGUGCUAAGCCAAAUCAACCUGGCAUUGAUGAGAAGGAUAGCUUGCGCAUCAUCAAAGCUAUAAUGAGGGUUGGUAUCCUUGCAAAAGGUCUGAUGCUUACCGAUGAGAGCAGCGUAAGCCUCGCUGUUCUAUGUGGUGAAAUACCAACCAAAAGUCUCCUUAAUGAAGUGUAUGUCGCUCUUGGUACACAGUUAACUAAUAUAGCUCCAGAAGAAAAUUACAGUGUUACGUUAGAGAGUGCUGAUGGUUCAAUCAUCGUUACUAGUUCUGGUGAACAGAAAAUCACAGUGACUAUCACUCUUACAUCUCCACUUCUAAGGGAGAUGUUGAUGUCUGGGGCAGACGGGGAAGGCGGAACAGUGAGUUUGGGGAACCAGGAGACGCUUGAUCAAGCCAAGUGCCUUGAAGCUUUGGCCCAGCUACGACGUGCUAAAUGGUUCCAGGCUAGACCGGCUAACAAUCAUAGUAGCGUAAUGGUGAUAAGAAUUCUACGAGAUCUUUGCCAUAGAAAUCCAACUUGGGCUCCUUUGAGUCAGUGGGGAAUAGAGCUUUUAGUGGACAAGGUCGUCGGUUGUGUCGGAUUUUCAGCUGCAGAGGCUUUACGAAAAGUAUUAGAAGCUAUCGCCGGAGGUAUUGUUCUACCUGGUGGACCCGGACUUUCCGAUCCAUGCGAGAGGGAACCUACCGAUGCAACAGCUCAUUUGACUUCUCAGCAGCGAGCUGACAUUACUGCCUCGGCUCAGCACGCCUUGAGGUUAAUGGCAUUCCGUCAAAUCCACAAAGUUCUCGGAAUGGCCCCUAUUCCUCCUCCUAGGCACCCUGGUGCUAGGCACAAUCCUCAGCGUUUCAAUAGGAAGAGGCGUCGUGACCAUUCUGCUGGAGAAACUCCAGAUUCCGAAGCUGGUGACGGAAAGAAAGACAAAAAAGAAGGGGGAGCUGGUGAUGUCGCUAUGGAAACUGCUUCAAAAUGAAAAGUUCAAUCUUAUUUCGUCCAGUUGAAUGACAGCUUCUUUAUUCUCCUACCAUUAGUGUUAUUUAAUUAUUUUGAUAGCAUUCAACAGACUGAAUGGUCACCGUCAUGAUUGUAUUUAAUUAUUUUGUGAAAUCAUAGAAUUGUAUAGUUAUUUUUUAUUGUUAGUAUUAUUUUACAUAUUUGGGCAAUAUUUAAGUUGUUCUUAUCCUUUUUAGUUCCCUUUUUUCAAUUUUCCUUUCAUUAUCAAUUAUAAAAUUUGAAGAAAAAUAAAGAAGAAAAUAUAGAUAUAAUUAUGUAUUUAUAGGUAGUUUACAAUCAGGUCAUUUGUUUAACGUAGAUAUUUCAUAGUGUUUACCUCUCUUCCUGAUUGUUAGCACUGUUCAAAGUAUACUCUAGUGACUUGAUUUCUUCCUUUUUAUUAUUGACUUAUUUCGAAUGUAUAUAUUGUACAUUCAACACUUAACUGUUCGUUCUUCUAGAAAGAUGUAUUUAUUUAGUUUUCAACACCCAAUAUAUAUACGAAGUAAACUUAUAUUUGUUCAUGUAAAUUUUUUAUAUAGUGUGUUUGUCAUUUUAAAAAUGAUAACUGUUAAGUGUGUUAUUAAUGUAAUAAAAUAAAUAUUAUUAUACAGUAGAUUACAUGAUAUAGAA